GUGUGUUUGAGACAGAAAGAGAAGGGGAGGGCUGCUAUAAAGGCUGGUUCCCUGUUGCUCGCUCCCAUUCCUUCUAUUUUUUCAGUGGGUUUGAUCUGCAGGGGAUACUCCAGUAUGAUACUCCUGUUUACAGCCACCUUUACCAUCCUGGUGAUGUCCUCCCUGGACCAGGUGGAGUCUUCAGCGUAUGACAAGAUAGUCACGCACAGUCGCAUCAGGGCUAAGAAUGAAGGGCCCAAUGUGUGCGCUUUGCAGCAGGUCAUGGGGACCAAGAAAAAGUACUUCAGCACAUGCAGGAACUGGUACAACAAAUCCAUCUGUGGCAAAAAUGCGGUGGUCUUAUAUGAAUGCUGUCCGGGUUAUAUGAAGUUAGAUGGGAAGCGUGGGUGCCCCGCAGUGGCUCCUAUUGACACUGUGUACGGCACCCUGAAUCUGGUGCAAGCCAAGAUCACCCAACGAUACUCUGAUCAAUCCAAACUGAGGGAAGAACUCGAUGGAGCGGGAUCUUAUACAAUGUUUGCACCCAGUGACGAUGUCUGGGAAGAGUUAGAUCCUGCAUCAAAAGCUGCCUUGGUCAGCAGUGGAAACACUGAACUUUACAAUGCACUCCACUAUCACAUGGUCAACAAACGUCUUCUCACCAAGGAUCUGAAGAAUGAUAUGACCCUAAAGUCCAUGUAUAACAAACAAGGCCUCUAUAUCAAUCAUUACUCAAAUGGAGUUGUCACUGUGAACUGUGCCAGGAUCAUUCACGCAAACCAGGUGGCCACUAAUGGAGUUGUGCAUGUCAUUGAUCGGAUCAUCAGCAUCAUAAGUCAAACGAUCAAGGACGUGAUCGAAACCAACGAUGACCUGGCUUCACUGAACACAGUUGCUUUGAGAUCGGGUCUCCAGGGUCAACUGGGAGAGCCCGGACACUACACACUUUUUGCUCCAACCAACGAGGCCUUUGAAAAACUAGACAGUGAUGUGCUGGAAAGACUUAUGAGUGAAACAACUGUACUUCAAGCCCUUUUGAAGUACCACCUCCUGAACUCAGUGCAGUGCUCUGAGGCCAUUAUGGUAGGCUCCGUCUAUGGGACUCUUGAGGGCAGUAAUAUUGAGAUCGGAUGUGAUGGUGAGAGUCUCACAGUCAAUGGUAUCAAGAUGGUGCUGAAGAAGGACAUUGUCACCAGCAAUGGGGUCAUUCAUCUGAUCAACCAGGUGCUCAUGCCUGACUCAGCCAAGCAGGUGAUGGAGCUUAUAGGCAAAUCUCAGAGCAUCUUCAGUGACAUGGUGUCUGAGCUUGGCCUGUCUGCCGCCAUGCAGCCUGAGACUGAAUAUACUAUUCUUGCCCCACUGAAUGGAGCCUUCUUUGAUGAGGUAAUGUCCAUGGAUCAGCGUCUCCUGAAAAUUAUUCUGGAAAACCACAUUGUGAAACUCAGAGUCUCUCUGAGUGACCUCUACAACGGCCAGCUGCUCGAAACCCUGGGAGGAAAACUGCUCAGAGUCUUCAUUUAUCGCACGGCUGUGUGUAUUGAGAAUGCAUGUAUGGCCAGAGGCAGCAGAGAAGGAAGUAACGGUGUCCUUCAUCUCAUGCGAUCACUGAUUCAGCCACCCGAGACAACCAUCUAUGACCUGCUCUUAAAAGACGGACGCUUUAAAAUCUUCCUGUCUCUGAUGGAGAGUGCUGAACUGACAGAUCUACUGAAGCAGGAGGGAUCGUACACACUCUUUGCUCCUAUCGAUGCCGCCUUUGGCACCCUGACAGAGGAGAACAUCGCUCUUCUGAAAAGCGACAUCAACGGCCUAAGGGCGAUCCUGCUCUACCACUUUAGCAAUGGCGUCUUUAUUAAUGGAGGCUUGGAGGGUGGAGUGACUAAUCUUCUCAAGACCAUUCAGGGCAACAACCUUCAAGUGCUGUCUGUUAACAACUCCAUCCAUGUAAAUUCAGUGGAGGUUCCAGAUUUUGAUCUUAUGGCAUCCAAUGGAGUGGUCCAUGUAGUGAAGACCAUCUUAUAUCCUCAAGAUCUGCCAGUUGGCCGUGAAGACAUAUUGAUUCUGCUGAAGAGACUCAUCAGAUACAUACAGCUGAAGUUUGUAUCUGGAUACACCUACCAUGAGAUUCCACUAACGUUCAUCAAGAGGACUAUAACUACUCAUGUCAUUGAGAAAGGUCCCGAGGUCAAGGUGGUGAUUGGAGAACCAAGCAUCACCAAAGUUACACGCGUGAUUGGUGGAGAUCUGAGUGUCACCAAAGUUACACAAGUGACUGAAAGAGAUCCAAGCGUCACCAAAGUUACGCGAGUGAUUGGUGGAGAUCCGAGUGUCACCAAAGUUACACAAGUGACUGAAAGAGAUCCAAGCGUCACCAAAGUUACACGAGUGAUUGGUGGAGAUCCGAGUGUCACCAAAGUUACACAAGUGACUGAAAGAGAUCCAAGCGUCACCAAAGUUACACGAGUGAUUGGUGGAGAUCCGAGUGUCACCAAAGUUACACAAGUGACUGAAAGAGAUCCAAGCGUCACCAAAGUUACACGAGUGAUUGGUGGAGAUCCGAGUGUCACCAAAGUUACACAAGUGACUGAAAGAGAUCCAAGCGUCACCAAAGUUACACGAGUGAUUGGUGGAGAUCCGAGUGUCACCAAAGUUACACAAGUGACUGAAAGAGAUCCAAGCGUCACCAAAGUUACACGAGUGAUUGGUGGAGAUCCGAGUGUCACCAAAGUUACACAAGUGACUGAAAGAGAUCCAAGCGUCACCAAAGUUACGCGAGUGAUUGGUGGAGAUCCGAGCAUCACCAAAGUUACACAAGUGAUUGGUGGAGAUCCAGGCAUCACCAAAGUUGUUGAAGGGAAGCCAUCCGUUACAAAGAUCACAAGGCUCACUGAAACUCACAGUGCAUCAUCUGAUGGUGAAAUUGACACUGAGGGAGAGAUCAAGAGACUCAUGGGUGAAGAUAUAACCAAGGUGCAGACGUUUCAAGGUGGUGAUGUACGAAUCCUCCAGGAGGAAGAUAUGAAACAAAUCACUGAUGCGAUCACUCAAGGAGGUGGACCGGGGAUCACCACUAUAACUAAAGUAAUCAAACCAGGGGUCCAGGUUGUUGAAACUGAACCAGGGCUCACCACUUUGACCAGAGUAAUUAAGAAAGACCCUCAGAUCAUUGAAAUUGCACCAGGGGAAACCACUAUUACCAGAGUGAUUCAACCAGAACCGCAGAUCAUUGAAGGACCAGAUUUCUCAAAGAUUGUAUCUUUCAAGGACAGUUCAGACCUCCUCGAAUCAGAAUCAGAGAGAAUCACCAGAAUCAUCAAGGAGGGCCGUUCUAAAAAACGAGCUGCCAUCAGACAACCACAAGGAUCAAGGCGAAGCGUGAGACUGGUCAGGCCUCACUCCAGACCCAGACAGUGAGAUGAAUGGAGGCUCACUGUACCUGAAGAUCCAGCUAAAGUGAAAGACAGUGUUGUCGAACAGUGUGUUUGUCCUGCAAAUACACUUUUACUACAAACCGCAUUGAAUGUUUACACAUUAGAAACCAACGCAGUAAUAUCUUGGAUCUGUGUGGCACACACCCCACUUCAAGGGGUACUUGAAAUGGUGGUAGUUAUAAAGAGAGACAUUGGUCAUUUUUGUUUGUUUUUUUAAGCUGUUUAUAUUGUUCAUUUUUGAAUAUAUAUACUGUAUGAGCCUUGACAUUGAGCUUGUCGUGCACAUGAUAUUUUGUGGUGCUUGCAUUCAGAGACAUGAAUGCGAUUUUAUCUGUAAGGAUCAGCAAAGCUUUGGCUGUUGAGUUCACUUUAAAUUAUGCAGCUUGUAACUUUCCAUCUGUUUCUAAUUUUCUGUUCAGUUUUUAGGAAUUUGUUCACGUCUACAUUUUUUUUUUAAUUUCUUUUUUUAAUAGACUUUAUUUCUUUUUUUUUCUGAUUUUUCAAAUCAUCACAUUGAAAUCAGCUUCAAUGCAGUUAAAGAAUAAAAUUAAAUAUUUUCUGA